AUGGGAUUCGGUGCAGAGGAAGAUCGUCUGCUUCGAGAAAAAGACAAAGUGACGCGGCAACGAGGACUCUGUUCCUAUCUCAAAAUCUUCCCGUUGACGCUUGUUCGGUGUGCUCGCCCGGCGGCCACCCGCUAUCCAUUGACACUCGCCUCGACAUCCGAGGUCGGUCAAAAGAAGAAAGAAGACAACUUUAUAUUAAUUAAAAGAGGCGUUCUCAAGAAAAUGACGAUGAUCAAGGGAUGCUCUCGUCGUGAGCUUAUCGGAGAUAUUAAAGUCGAGAUCCAUGACGAUCCAAUCAUUGCCGAAGAGAUGGUCGAAGCGUUGGCCAACAAGUACGACUCAGAGGAAAUCGAUGACGCUUUUCUGCUUAUCAAUUUGGACGCUUUACUUGAGAGAUUCAAAUUGUGGAAGAGAGAGUUGCCGCACGUUGAGCCAUUCUAUGCUGUGAAGUGUAACACCGAUGUGACAAUGUUACGUGUGUUGGCUGCGCUUGGGGUCAACUUUGAUUGCGCUAGCAAGCAAGAGAUCGACAUUGUUCUGAGCAUCGGUGUCGACCCAAGCCGCAUCAUCUACGCGAAUCCGUGCAAGACUCGAGCCUUCAUCAAGCACGCCGAGAAACGUGACGUUCAGCUGAUGACUUUCGACAACGCCGAGGAACUCGAGAAGAUCCAAGAGUUACACAAUUCGGCAAGAUUGGUACUCCGCAUUGCCGUCUCCGAUCCGACGGCCACUUGUCCACUCAAUCUCAAAUUCGGGGCCGAUCCAGUGCACGCAGCGCCAAAGCUUUUGGCUAAAGCCAAGCAAAUGGGCGUCAACGUUGAGGGGAUUAGUUUCCAUGUUGGAUCGGGGUGCAACGAUUGCUCAGCGUAUGAGAUCGCGAUCGCGCACGCUCGUCGCCUUUUCGAUUUGGGUGAAGCAAUGGGGCAUCAUAUGAAUUUUCUUGAUUUGGGUGGUGGAUUCCCGGGCGGGAAACAUCAUAUCGCUUUUGAACAGAUCUCUGCUGUGAUCUCCGGAGCUUUAUGCCGCUAUUUCCCGGAUCCAGCGGUGCGUGUUGUUGCCGAGCCUGGAAGAUUCUUUGCCGCUCGCCCGUUCACCCUUUGCGCGAACGUGAUCCACUCGACAGCCGUCAACGCCGAAAGGAUCACUCAUAAUGAUAAAGACAUUGGCUCAAAGGGGAUGAUGUACUAUUUGAAUGAUGGGGUUUAUGGAUCGUUCAAUUGUAUUCUUUUUGAUCAUGUUCAUCCAAAAGGGCAUCCAUUAAGGCCAAAAGAGGGUGCUGAGGCGGUGAUGAGCACAAUCUGGGGACCUACUUGUGACAGUUUGGAUCAGAUUGAGGAUAAAAAAAUGAUGGAAGAGAUGUCGACGGGUGAUUGGAUUGUUUACCCGGAGAUGGGCGCUUAUACUUCAGCCGCUUCGACCACUUUCAACGGCUUUCAACGUCCCAUCGCCAUCUAUGCCAUCUCGCAAGCAAACUGGGAAACGAUUGCUGAUCUUCUU